AAUCUGUAUAAAUGGCAUCUCUGCAUCGAAAUGUUAUUAUCAAUUCUCUUGCAAAGUCAACCAUUGAUACGUUAUUUAUAUUACUUAUUUGCUUUGUAAUAGCUAGUAUAAUAAGAAUACUGAAAUAAUGUCUGAUAAGGGUACAACAACCGCACAACCGCUAGUGAAAAUAGGUCAUUACAUUCUUGGAGCAACUUUAGGUACUGGAACAUUUGGAAAAGUUAAGAUUGGAGAGCACCAAUUAACAAAACAUAAGGUGGCCGUUAAGAUACUAAACCGUCAGAAAAUAAAAAGUCUGGAUGUUGUCGGAAAAAUUCGUCGUGAAAUUCAGAAUCUCAAACUUUUCCGACAUCCACAUAUUAUUAAAUUGUAUCAAGUGAUAUCAACACCAACAGAUAUUUUUAUGAUUAUGGAAUAUGUAAGCGGUGGGGAAUUGUUCGAUUAUAUUGUCAAUAAUGGCAAACUUCAAGAAUCUGAAGCACGACGAUUCUUCCAGCAGAUCAUAUCCGGGGUAGAUUAUUGUCAUCGCCAUAUGAUAGUACAUCGCGAUUUAAAACCUGAAAAUUUAUUACUGGACCACAAUCGCCAUGUUAAGAUAGCUGACUUCGGACUAUCAAACAUGAUGUUGGAUGGAGAGUUUUUAAGAACAUCAUGCGGUUCUCCAAACUAUGCUGCUCCCGAGGUGAUUUCUGGUAAAUUAUACGCUGGUCCUGAGGUAGAUAUUUGGUCGUGUGGUGUAAUACUGUAUGCGUUAUUAUGUGGAACGUUGCCGUUUGAUGAUGAGCACGUUCCAACACUAUUUAGAAAGAUCAAGUCGGGUAUUUUUCCAAUACCAGAGUAUUUAAAUAAACAAGUGGUCAGUUUGCUUUGUCAAAUGCUCCAAGUCGAUCCGCUUAAACGAGCCACCGUUGAGGAAAUUAAAAAACACGAAUGGUUUCAAAAAGAUUUGCCGGCAUAUCUUUUCCCUUCACCCGUGGAACAAGAUAGCAGUGUGAUUGAUACUCAUGCUGUAACAGAAGUUUGUGAAAAGUUUGGCGUAAAGGAACCCGAAGUACACAACGCGUUGCUUAGUGGAGAUCCUCAUGAUCAACUGGCAAUAGCUUAUCAUUUAAUUAUUGACAACAAACGUAUAGCUGAUGAAGCCGCGAAGGCAGAAUUGAAAGAUUUCUACGUAGCAGGAAGCCCUCCAGUUGCUCCACUUCAGUCGGAAAAACAUGCGCCAGUAAAUGAACCUUUCAAAUCGCCAUCUAUUCACCCCGAACGUAUCGCUCCUUUGCGCGAUAGGCCUGUUGUUACAGGAACUACAACUACACCAUUACAGAAUAUUGUUCCUUCAGCUAUUCCGCUGGAUAAACAUCGUGGAACUCCAGUAAAACGAGCUAAAUGGCACUUGGGUAUAAGGUCACAAUCUAAACCCAAUGACAUCAUGUUAGAAGUAUAUCGGGCAAUGAAAGCAUUAGACUUCGAGUGGAAAAUAAUAAACCCAUACCAUGUCCGUGUCCGGAACUAUAACUCACGUAACGAAAAAUACGUCAAAAUGUCGUUGCAGUUAUAUCAAGUAGAUGCAAAAAGUUAUCUUCUGGAUUUCAAAUCACUGACUAAUGACGAGGUCGAACAGGGAGAUGAUGUCAUCAUGGAAAGUCUUACACCUCCACCACCGGUUGGUUUUGUUGGAAUGGGAGUGCCAAAUCAACCUACAGGACACCAUACAAUGGAAUUUUUUGAAAUGUGCGCCGCUCUUAUUAUACAACUAGCUCGUUAAUAUAUUUCAAUUUCUUUCAAUACAUUAUUCAAUCUUAAACGUAACAGGAUUUUCUUCUUAUACAUAUUGAUAACGAUCAGCGUUGUAUAGCUAUCAGGUAUUUAAGUAGUGUAUAGUAUCGUUCACAAAGACUCAAAAAAGUUUAUGCAGUCAAUAAAAAUUAACAAAUCAAACAAA